CCUUGCUCGUUAUCUGAUCAAAUCAAUGGGAACACAUCACCAACUCGGAUGCGCACGGCGCCGCAUAGCAUAUACUUCCACUACUCCAACCCUCGUCCGACCUCCGCCGUCAGAGCUUCCGUCCCAGCGACCCUCUCCUUACUUCACCACCUAGGCCUUACACCUUCCCGGCCGCCUCCGGCCCGUCCUUCUCGAGCCCGACAUACCGUUCUCGCCUCCGCCUCGCACCCUCUACAGAUGCGACACCGUGCUACCGUCAAGUCGCCCCGAGGGAUCUCAGUCCGCACGCCCCUCUGCCUGACUUGAUGCCACCGUCCGAACAUGACUUGCCUCUCGGCACCGGGUCGCUCCCGGCCUCCCCCGUAGCCGCCUCGAAAAUCCAGAGGGCCCGCCAAUCUCUCAACGAUAUGCCCUCAGCCCUCUACCGCUCCGAGACUCUCCCUUACCGGCGAUCUCACCCGUCUGCCGCCUCUCUCUACGCGUCGACCCUGUCACCCCCCGCAUCCCGGUCCCAGUCGCCCGUCGGCCGCCCCGCCUCGCGCCUAGCAGCCAGCUCCGUCUUCGGCACCGGCGUGAAUAAUGCCCUCGCCUUGGUCUCCGGUGCCGGCGACAACCCGGGUGACCCACUCAACUUGAUUCUCGGCGCCUUCGUGCCCCACGUCGCCGUCUACACUUCCGAGGACACCGAUGUCCUGCUGAAGGAGAAGGGGUUUUCCCGUGGCCUGUGGGAGCUGCUCCGGCCCUUCGGCGAGCGCGUGCAGGGCAAGGUCAUAGUACGAGACAGCAUCGGGUCCAGCCGCACCUUCGAGGAUUACUCGAUACGCUUCGUGCAGUUUGGCGAGGGCAUCGUACACCCGGAGCCCGCAACCACCGGUUUGAGGACAAACGGAGGACCCGGGAAGCCGGGCGAUUCCGGGCGAGGUCCGCUGAGGACAGGCAUAACAAUCUCCGAUGUCGAGGCAGUUGUGGACCGCCAUCUGAAUUUCGCAGAAGAAUCCUUCUUUAGCGUACCGCCACCCCCCAUGAACCGCGACCUCGACAUCGACGUACCCUCGCCGUAUUACUCUCUAUAUCUACGCAGGCUGCUCUCCGGCUUGCCUGUCACGCCGCACGAGACGCUGGCUCACCCGGUCGCCUGUGUCAUUGCCAUAAGUUCUCGGAACCCGUCCCCGAUCGAAGCCAUCCGGAGACUGUACACCGAGUCCAGCGAGGGCGAUAAGCGAUUGCCCGUCUGGGUCGAUGGCGAGUUUCUACGGUACUACGUUCUCAUCCACGAGGAGGAGCGCGACGACAUCACGAGGUCCAUGUCACUCUUCGAACAGAUGAAACGUAGUUUCGGCCUUCACUGCCACCUUCUCCGAAUCCGAGGGACGCAGAGUGCCGCUACCGACGAUGAUAGCAUACCGCUCCCGCGAAGCGAGUGGAUGUCGGCCGCGGAAGAGUUGGCCGACCUCCGCAGGAGCGAAGACCAGGAGGAUUUCGAGGACCCCACGAGGUACAUAUUCGAGUCUGACGCGACUGCGAUACGUACCUUCAUUCGCGAAAUGGUGACGCAGUCCAUAAUCCCGACGAUGGAGCGACACGUAACUGUGUGGAACGACCAAGUGGCUUCGCGGCGGAGAGGCCUGGCCGGACGGUUUGCCGGCCUGACGAAACGGUGGGGCUUCGGUGGCGGCCCCCGGUCGUCCAUCUCGGGCCAGAGCUCCGGCAGUAAUUACGACACCCACGGGUUCUACCGCCCCGAUGCCCCUGAGGCGAUAAUGCGGAAGCUGGCGGAUUACGCCUUUAUGCUGCGCGACUGGAAGCUGGCCCAUUCUACAUACGAGAUCCUACGGAACGAUUAUAACGGUGACAAGGCGUGGAAAUACUACGCGGCGACGAAUGAGAUGUCCGCCAUCAGUCUCCUCAUCCUACCCCAAAACCUGUCUUCGAAAUCGAGGACGGACACGAUAGACUCCGCGUUCGAGGCGGCAUUCUACUCAUACAUCACGCGCUGCAGCAUGCCCUACGGAGCGCUGCGGUGCAUCGUGCUCGGCAUGGAGCUGCUGCGCAUACGCGGGGGCUCGAGCGUCGACGACGCCGCGAAAUGGGGCUUACGGCUGCUCGAGAGCAAGAUCCUCGGGGCCGUGGGCGACGCGCUGAUCCGCGAGCGGCUUGCGGUGUGCUACGGGUCGAAGAAGGGGCUUGGGACGCACGGCUGGGGCGGGCGGCGGCGCAAGUCGGGGAUGUGGAGCGCACUCAGCGCCGAGGCGUGGCUGUCGCAGGGCAAGCACAUCCAGGCGCAGCGGUGCCUCAACGAGGCGCGUCGGACGUACGCGGCGCUGCCGUCAUCGGAGCACGGCAUCGACGGGUUUGCGUACGCGAGCGCGUUCAUGCUCGACAUCGGGAAGCGGCUUAACCGGAACCUGGACUCGGAUGCGGGCGCCGACGGCGACAGCGACGACAAUGAUGACGACGACGACGACGAUAAUGACGACGAGGGGGGGGGUGGCACGAGGAGGACGGACGGGGGCCGCAGCGAGACGAUCGACGAGGAGAGCGAGGCACUCGACACCCCACGGGGACGCCGCGUCAGCAUGCUAGGGGCCCCCAGCGGCGGCCUUGAGACGGCGCCGCUUCGAUCGCAGAUCGACACUAAAGAGUGGGAGGGCAGACAGGGCGCCGGAGAUGCUCAGGAUGAUUUUGGUUAGACGGCACUUACGGGGAUACUCACAUAGAAUGGGGGAUAGGGAAAUGAGGGAGGAGCGGGAGCGGGAAGGGGGGUUAGAUCAAGGGACGUUCACAUUCGUAUGUACGAGCUAGGGAGAUUAUGACGCCUAAAUCUUUAUUUAUUCCUUUCUUCCCGCCUUUCCUUGCCUUCUUCUGCCGAUCAUACCGUGUUUUAUGCCGGGGCCUGGUAAGGGGAAAGGGGAUGGCAGCGAGCCUGGGCGACUUAGGCUUUUAUAGGUACCUACCUCUAGAGCUAAGGAUAGCCCGUGUUUAUCGAUAAUGAAGUUAUCCAUAUGAAUGGCUAAAGGUUAUACGCGUUUAAGAAAUAUGAUGCUUGUUACAUAACC